AUGGGUUCUCCGAAGGUUGUUGCAGUCACUAGUGUUUUUGCACUUUCAAUCAUGCAUAUGCUUCUGGUUCAAGGUUUCGAAUGUGAGAAGGUCCCAGUGGAAUUCUGUGCAUUUUCAGUGGCAUCCUCAGGAGUUCGCUGUGUUCUUGAGAAUACAUACAUCUCCACAUCAUCUCAAACAUCACCUCAAUACGAAUGUCAGUCCUCUGGUGUCAUGGCAGACGAGAUAAUUGAAUGGAUUGAGAGCAAAGAGUGUCUGGAGGCUUGUGGUUUACCGAGAAUGUUUGUGGGGAUGUCUUCUGAUGAUCUGGCCAGCAAUACUCAAUUCACUUCCAAGUUAUGCUCAGAUCAUUGCCAAAACAGUUGCCCCAACAUUAAGGAACUAUACUUUAAUCUGGCUGCAGGGGAAGGGCUAUACCUGCCUAAAGUUUGCAAUAAAAUCAAUAAACUCCCUGUGUAUGGAGCAAAUGCACCAACCACCUUGGCUUCUCUACGAGCAGAUGCACCAUUCACCUUGGCUUCUGCACCAUCAACCUUGGCUUCUCUUGGAGCAGAUGCACCAUCCACCUUGGCUUCUGCACUAUCAACCUUGGCUUCUCUAGGAGUAGAUGCACCAUCCACCUUGGCUUCUGCACCAUCAACCUUGGCUUCUCUUGGGGCAGAUGCACCAGCUUCUCUUUCUCUUUGA